GUGAGUGCCAUCUCACUGCUUGUCGGGGCAUUGGCGGGGCACAUGGCCGCUCGCCUCCCCAACGAGGACGACUGCGAUGGGGCAUCCUACCUGCCCCCUGUCCAGAGCGAGCCGGUGGUGCGGCUGCUUCAGCCAAUGAUCGACGGCGAGGAAGAGCAUUACGACUACAUGGAUGCCCACAAUCGACCUACAAGCCCAAGCCCCCUCAGCGAGCCGGAGGUCACAUCAGCAGCUUGCACAAGCGCCAGUGUUGUAGACACGGGAGCAGCUCAAAGCAAUGGGCACUCUCGAGCUCAUGCUAUCCAGCCGCCUGCAGCCGCCGCCGCUAGGUACAGCAUUGAUGGAACUGACGCCUCAAGCCACGCCGCCACUAGGCUACCCAAAGGCAGGAUGGCGGUCCUAGAGAAUAGCUUAGCCAAAGAAAAUGAGGUGAGAGAAACCUUACUGCGAGAGGAGCACGCACUCCGCCUCCGUCUCAUGAAGGAAGACCACGAUGACAAACUGCAGAAAAGGGCAACGGAGCACAGCUUGGAAAUGGAAAUAAAGCGAGCCAAAAAAGAACUCGUACUUCUGAAGCUCGAGCAGCUCAAGCAAGCUGAAAAAUAAAGAGGGUGCUCAAAUUUAACCUGGAA